AUGACCUCAGACUGGGGAGAAAUACUCAUCUUUCAGCUCAACAACAACAAUGAAGCAGGUGCUCAGCCACCCUCCAGUGGAGUCCAUCCUGGACCAGAGGCCCUGGAGCAACAGAACCAGCUCCAGAGCCUCCUACCCCCUGCUACCGAACACCGCCAUAAGAGAAGGUGGUCCCACGCCCAGCACCGCUCUGUAGGGGUUCUGCCCCAGCCUCAACCAGAAGAGGAGACCAAACCUUUUGUUCUGGACCUGAAGAACUUCCCUGAGCUGGCCAAUGCAGAUAUCAGCUCCCAGAACCCCAACAUUCAAGUAACCAUUGAGGUGGUGGAUGAUCCUAACCUGGAAGUGGAAUUGAAUCUUGCAAAGGACAGGGACUGGGUCCCUCCCUCCUCCCCGUCCACUGUGGACUGGCUCGGGGGCAAGAAGCUGUUCUGGCCCCUGUUCUGGGGCUACACGGACACGGACUCCAGCGAGGACGGGACGGGCCGCUCAGGGCUGGGGGAGACCGGAGAGGAGGGAGAUGAAGAUUACCCAUUAGAGUACGGUAGCGAGGAGCCCCUCCUCAGUGGAGUGGGAGUAGACUGGGACAGCCGCUGGAACGAGGGUUGGGAUGCCACCCACAGCUACUAUGAGAAGGAGGACACAGAGGAGUGGAGUGCCUGGUCUCCUUGUUCAGUGACCUGUGGUCAAGGAGAGAGGAAGAGGACACAACCUUGUGGUUACAGCUGCACCCUAACAGAGGCCUCCAAAUGUGACAUGGAGCCUUGUCCAGACGAUUUCAACACUGUUGCUGAGACUUUCCCCUUUGAAAUGGAGAACGGCACUGAACCUUUCGGCACAGAUGUGGACACCUGUGACAAGUGGCUGAACUGUAAGAGUACCUUCCUGCAGAGGUACCUCAGCCAGGUCCUUUCGGAACUACCCAGCUGCCCCUGCGCCUACCCCUCAGCUGUCGCGAACACGGUAGUCAGCGUCUUUGACGAGGGACACGGACGGUCCUACCGUUGGCGCGACGCCAGCGGCCCCAAGGAACGCCUGGACAUCUACAAACCCUCCGCGAGGACUUGCGUCCGCUCGGCCCUCUCCGGCAACGUCGCCACCCUCGCCGCCCAGCACUGUUGCUACGACGACCGCGGCCGUCUGAUCACUAGGGGGAAGGGUGCGGGGACGCCCAACCUGAUCAGUACCGAGUUCUCCCCGGAGCUCCACUUCAAGGUGGACGUGCUACCCUGGAUCCUGUGUAAAGGGGACUGGAGUCGUUUUCAUGGGGUGCGGCCACCCAACAACGGACUGGUCUGCCCUGAGAACCCCCACCAGGAUGUGUUCAUGAACGAGCUGGAGGAGGCCCGGGAGUACUGAGGACGCACGCAGAAGCCAAAACUACACUACCCAGAAUGAAACAGCACACCGGGUCUAAUCCUAACUUGAGAAGGCGAUGAGUGUAGGACUGUGUUGCAUUGCAUUAUGCAUGUUAGGAGAAGGUUCAGGUUGAUUUCAAGUUAGGAUUCGGCACAUUAAACAUCCUGGGACCAGACCCAACAGAUCAGAACCGAACUUCUUUGAACUUAACUGAAAAAAAAAAAGAAUAUGCACUCCUGUCACAAUGCUUGCCGACGUGUUUUCCUUCCAGCAUGGUACCAAGCUCAUUGUCUCUCUCUCGUUGUCUGUCCAUUAGUCUGGUAUGCACUUCUGUGUGCAUGUAAGCGUGACGUUGCCUGUUGGUGGCCUUUUGGUGUUGUAGCUCUGUGGGACUGACGAUUGCAACAUAAACACCCUAAACGAACUUCCUAAUCUGUUCUCACUGUUUGAUACUGUGCUAAGUCUUAUUCUGUAGAGGGCAGUGGGUGAGACUGAAAGUGCGGGAUUGGGGAACGUGUCGUGUCCAAACUAUAGAUAUAGUCUAAACAUUUUAUGCUGCUAUGAAAACAUUAGGUUUGAUAGGUACUUUUUGGUGAUCUAUAAUUAAACCAACAUGCUGAAUUUGCCGAAAGGUUGUUAUUCUAAAAUGUUUAAGCUGUGGCAAGAAUUUGGUCUAGAGGAAUAUGUUUACAAGCACAGGCAACCACACCUAGCACCUCACGCUCAUUCAUGAUAACAUGCCAACAGAACAUCUUAGAAGCUUGGAGGUGGAGAUAGUCUUCUGGUCUGGACUGAACUUAUCAUCCUCUGUUUCAUCAAUGACAGUGUUGAGAAUUUUCAAUCAUGGAUGUUUUUACAGUUUUCUCAGGGGGACUCAUGUUGUUAGAGAUUAUAGCCCAUAUAUACCUCAACAGUGGAGCAGCAUUCGGAGCCAAUAGUUCAGACUGCACAUUCAAUCUGACAUCGGUACCUAUUGGGGAAACGGAAAUGUUGGAUCUGCAGUGUAAAUGGAGGAAGAGUGGAUGAAGACCGUAUUCAUUAGGAAACAUGAAAUUGUGCUUUUUGUGCGUUUUUCGGCAAGACAGUUUUUAUGUCAAUAGUAAUUCAAGUUCAGUGGCUGUUCUAUUCCGUUACGAUAAGUUGCAUUGUUCUGCGUAGACAAUUGUUGGACUGGGAUCUGUUGGCUUGAAGUCUUAACAUUAUGCUCAAAGCCUCUUUCAGGAAUAUUUUUUUUGUGUGCUUGUGUGUGCAAACAUGCAUUACAUUUUGGAUCACGCUGUUGUUUUAAAAGAAGGCACUUUAUUUACAGUAUAUAUACAAAUGAUGGCAUUUAUGAAAUGUACCCAUGUUUUUCUCAUUUUUUAUAUGUUGUAAUGUUAUAAUUGUGAAGGGAUAACUUGCUGCAUUGUUCAUUUGUAAAGUAUGUUAUCAUUUGAGUUUGUUUAAUUGCAUGGUUGAUCUUUUGUGAUAUCUUAAACUAGUAUUACACUACCAUAUGUUCUUGUACAGUAUUUAUUGUCUGUUUUUUAAGUCUGCUAAAGCUUUGAAAUGACUCUGCUAAAACCCACAUGGUGCACUAUUACAGACUAGGGUUGCAGAAUUCACAGAAUUCCCUUUCCCACAUUUCUGAAAUCAGCAUUGCAAAAGCUGCAAGGGAAUCAUCCAAUUGGGAAUUCUUCAAUGGUGAUCUCGGCCUUGAGAAACAUUAGGAAAGGUUCUGGAAUUUUGAAACCCUACAACAGACAGAGACACUGUGACGCCACUGUGACAUCACUGUGACGUCAAAAGGGAAAUUACCUGCCUCACAUGACAUGACCACCCAACAGCAACUCUAUAAAGUGUCUGUAUAUAAUUUUAUCUUUUUAUUGUUCUACAGUGCUAUGAAAAUAUGUUGUGACAAAGACA